GUCACCGAGAGGGAGGGGGCGGAGUCUCUGUGGCGGCGGCGGGAAAAGAGGUCUCCUGAAGCGACCCGGUUCCUCGCCUGCGUCCCGGUCCCGGUCCCGGUGCCCACAGCCGGCCCGCGCCAUGCAGGCCGCCGCCUCCGAGCUGCCGCGCCCGCCGUCGCCGGCCGCCGCGCACGAGCGGGACGCUGAGGCGCGCCCGCCGGCCCACGGGGAGCUACAGUACCUGGGGCAGAUCGAGCACAUCCUCCGCUGCGGGUUCCGGAAGGACGACCGCACCGGCACCGGCACGGUGUCAGUGUUUGGCAUGCAGGCGCGCUACAGCCUGAGAGAUGAAUUUCCUCUGCUGACCACCAAACGUGUAUUCUGGAAGGGUGUUUUGGAGGAGCUGCUGUGGUUUAUCAAGGGAUCUACAAAUGCCAACAAACUGUCUUCCAAGGGAGUGAAGAUCUGGGAUGCCAAUGGAUCCCGAGACUUCUUGGACAGCCUGGGGUUCUCCACAAGAGAAGAAGGGGAUUUAGGCCCAGUUUAUGGCUUUCAGUGGAGGCACUUUGGGGCAGAAUACAAAGAUAAGGAUACGGAUUAUUCAGGUCAAGGAGUAGACCAACUGCAAAAAGUGAUUGAUACAAUCAAAAUGAACCCUGAUGACAGAAGAAUCAUCCUGUGUGCCUGGAACCCAAAAGAUCUUCCUCUCAUGGCCCUACCUCCAUGCCAUGCCCUUUGCCAGUUCUACGUGGUGAAUGGUGAGCUGUCCUGCCAGCUGUACCAGAGGUCAGGGGACAUGGGCCUGGGUGUGCCCUUCAACAUCGCCAGCUAUGCCCUGCUCACCUACAUGAUUGCACACAUCACAGGCCUGAAGCCAGGUGACUUUGUACAUACUUUGGGAGAUGCACAUAUUUACCUGAAUCACAUUGAGCCGCUGAGGAUACAGCUUCAGCGAGAGCCAAGGCCUUUCCCGAAGCUCAAAAUCCUUCGAAAAGUUGAGAAAAUUGAUGACUUCAAGGCUGAAGAUUUUCAGAUUGAAGGGUAUAAUCCUCAUCCAACUAUUAAAAUGGAAAUGGCUGUUUAAAGUACUUGUAAAGGACUUGUCUAAGGGAUAUUGUCAGUCUUCGGGGGUGGACUGAAUGCCCAGGUGGAAGUCCACUUUGCUCUAAAGGAAGAAGGAACUAGGUCAAAAAUCUGUUGGUGACCUACCAGCUGUUAUUCACAAGCUUGUCAGCAUGCUGCCCCUGGCAAAUGUACCUGUACUACUUCUCUGAGUAGUAAAAGGUCUUGAGUUUGGUUAACUCACCAAGGAUAUAUGAAAAUGCCAAAAUUGUGAAUAAAGUCAGGGGAGUGAAAAUUUAUAUACUUUUUUAACCAAAAUAUGUACAUGCAUUUCAACCCCAGUUUCAUGAAGGACAAUAAAUUUUAAGAAUUAUAUAAGCUAUUCCCCCAAAUUUGAGCUAAGUAGUUAUAUCAGUUGUAAAGUCACAAUAAGCAGAGUGGCCAUGAACAUUGAAAGUUACGUGUUUUAUAUAUUGCUACAAUAAAGUUAUUCUGCAUUCA